AUGGAGGUGGUGGUGGUGUCAACUAUGAUGUUGGUAGGGUGUGGUGGUGCCGGUGGUGGUAGUGCAGUGGAUGUGUGUGGUGAUCAUGACAUGUUAGCACCUUAUAUGGGUCCUUUAAAAUGGAUUCGCAGUCUCAAUAUGACUGAUGAUGACUUGAGACCCUAUCAUGUUAAUGGCCAAAUUGCGGGAUACACAUUGAAGUUUAAGAAGAAUGAAUUCAAUCUCCCAUUUGUAACAGUGAAGGGUGCAGGUCAUACAGCACCAGAAUACAACCCUAAAGAAUGUCUUGCAAUGUUACACCGAUGGCUCUCAAUACGUCCUUCAUAG